AUGUCUCUCAAUGGUUCUUCCAAUCAAUUCCAAAAGAACACUACUGUAAAGGCAAAAUUCAAUCUCUACCAAUUCAACUCAAAGUCGAUAAAGUCUUUUAAGUCCAUAAGGUCCAUCAAGUCUCUACAAAACAUCCUCCAGUCCUCAAACAACCCCAAUACCAAUAACAUUGCCAAUAAUACCACUAACAGCCCCACUAACAACACCACUAAUAACGCCAAUAGUAUCAAUCACGAUAACUUGUCUGAUAUAAUAACUGAUCCCUCGGACUCAAGAUACUUUUCCUCUUCAACAGUAAAUCUCAACAAAAUUCCAAACAAAAAGAAAUCAAUAUCCAACUUGCUCAACCUCUUCAAACGAAAACUCUCUCGUUUCCUAAAACUAUCUGUUCCCUACCUCUCAAACUUUCUCCUACUCUACACCAUUUACAUCUACUGCUACCAAUUCUCCUACGUCCAGCUCUACAAAAUCAAAACCCACUCCAUUGCAAUCUCCAUCGUCUUCAUCUCCAUCUUCUCCCUCUUUCUUCUCUACAUAUGGUUUCUAUGGCUACUCAUCGUCAUAAAGGGCCCUGGCCUCUUGCCCCAAAAGAUCCCCCCAUACACCUACAACAACCCAAUUCUAGACCACCAAAUCCCAGAGUAUUUUUACUGUAACAGAGAUGGCCUUCCCUUCUGGUGCUCCACUUGCAACUCUAUCAAACCUCUAAGAACCUCUCACUCGAGCGAACUAGGCCACUGCAUCCCCAAAAUGGACCACUUUUGCAUCUGGAUCGGCAUUGUCAUUGGCAAAAAAAACUACAAGAUCUUCUUUCUCUUCAUCCUCCAUUUCUUCUUCCUCAUUCUCUUUGUCUUUGUCUCAACUCUCAUCUACUUUCCAGAACACAUCAAAGAUGUCAUCAACGACACUGAAAGAAUAAACCCAAACUUUAUCAUCAUCCUCUUCAUAUCCUUUCUUUGGUUGUCCAUCCUAUACGGCCUUAUCUCGCAACACUUCUACCUCAUUUUCAAUAACCAAACAACUAUAGAAAAACUAAACCAAGAAAGAUACAAAAAGGCCCUUCAAAAACUUCAAAAAUCUUCCAAAAAUCUUCACAACUCAGAGGACACUCCUGUUUUAGACCCAUCAAAUUACCAAUACAUCAACUACAACUACCUCAACCUCUACAGAGUAGUCAUCAAAGUAUCCAAAAAUGACAAACCCUUCAAACAAUCUUCCCAUCUUCAAAACUGGAACCAAGUCAUGGGCAGCAAUCCCCUAUUUUGGUUUCUACCCAUUAACAACAACAACAACAACAACAACAACUCUCCCUCUAACGAUGAAUACUUUACCGAAGAAUACCUAGAAUUCUUGAACCAAAAAGUCAGAGAUGGCCAAAUCACUCCCUUUAAAUUCGCCAACAAUAACAUUCUAAACAGCAUCGAAAACAAACUAAACAUCACCAACAACAACAACAAUAACAACACCUCGGACAACUCAAACAUCCUAAUAAUAAGCAACCAAAACCCUGUCAUAACCGUCGAUAACGACAACGAAAUCAUCAGCAACUUACACCAAAAUGACGCCGUAUCAAUAGUCGAGUCAAUUGUCUCUCUCCCAAACAACAACCAAAACCACGAACUAAUCUUCUCAAACCUGGUAUCAAACAGAAACUCCCUCACAAACAACUACCUCAACAACAACAACUUUCCUAGAAACUCCUUCUCAAAUAGCUCGGUUGACCUCUCAAACCUAAACAGAGUCUCCAUCACCUCAGCCAUCAACUCAAUCAACUCAGCAAUGAACACAAUUGAAAGCGCCAUAAACACUAUCAACUCAGUCAUGUCUUCGCUCAACGAUGACAUUACCAGCAACAGAACAAGCUCUCUAAUAAGAAAUAACUCUCUUUUAGUCGACCCAAACUUAAACAACGCCCAAAGAGCCGGCAUCAUUAAAGAAUCAAAUGAUAUAGAACUACUAAGAUUAAACAGUCAAAGACUUAAUCGAAAUUCUCUUCUAAAUAAUCAAAAUCCAGCUUCAAAAUCCAUCUCCCCUCUUCCAACUUAA